AUGAGGAGCAUGCAAGAUCAUCCUUCGUUGUUGCACAGAUGGGAUCAUUCCUAUGCGAUUCUUUCGACAGUUGCUUUCCCACAUAAGAAACUUUUGUUUGCAGGAACACACGACUCCAAGAUUCUAUGUUUUAACCUUGACACCUACAAUUUGGUCCAGACCGUUUCUCUGGGUAAUUUGGAUGAUGAACAAACGCACACGAGAUCGAGUGUUCUUUGUCUUGCAAAAAGUCAAGACGAGCGGUUUCUUUUUUCCGCGGGUGCAGACUCAUUGGUGAGAGUUUGGGAAGUGACAUUGAACACACGCACUUCGUGCGUGUCAAUGAAAGAAUUGGCUACGAUUUAUUCGUCAGUCGACAUUGGUGACGUUUUUUCGGUCAAAUAUUUAGACUCGCAUCAAACAGUCAUUUUUGGAUGUCAGAAUGCCAGUAUGCUGUUUUUGCCCAAUGUCCUGGACAAAAUGUCGCAUUCAAAAAAUUACAGCGAUUUGAACUGUUUGCCGCAACUGCGAUUUGAUAAAUUUUUCGAUUCCACGUUUCGGGGUGGACCUGGUACUGUUUCAAGAACCAGUUCGUCAGAUCAACUUGCAUGCAGUGUUCACUCGAAGCCUGUCAUUUUGGAAGUGCCCGCUGAAAAUACUAUCAAAUACGCGCAUAACGGAUUCAUUUAUUCCAUUCAACCUUUGAACGAUCAUAACCAUUCUCUGCCAGCUUACUUCUAUCCUUCGGGAGUCAGUCGUGACGACGUAGAUUUCGUCAUUUCUUGCGGUGGUGACGGUAUCAGCAAACUUUGGUCCUUGACUCUCAACGCAGACUCGUCAGCGAAUGUUACACUUGUUACGGAGUAUGAUAAUGACGAAAGUAUUCUAUGCGAAUUUGUUAAAUUCCCAUUUCUAUAUUGCGGUCUGAACGGUGGUCGCAUAAAGAUAUGGGAUAUCAAUACAAAUGAACCAAUUGCUACGCUUCAAGCUCCAAGCAAAUCAGAUCUCAUGUCCAUAACGGUUUACAAUGAUCACAUUUUUGCUACGCACAAGGAGGGAAUCACCAAAUUCCACGAGGAAAAUAUUUACCAUUGGAAAGCUCAUCAGGGCCUAGUUUUGAGCGCCGAGAUUUUGCGCAAAAAAUGUACUUGUUUCGAACAUGUUAGGCUGGUGACAGGCGGUAACGACGGUGCCCUGGCGCUUUGGGAUAUAAACGACCUGGUCGACAGUGUUUGCGAAAAUUUGGAUUACCAAACCUUACAAGUUAAAGAAAGGCGCGAAUCUGAAGAUGCGAAUUCUUUGGGCAAAUAUGAGGAUACGUUCUUCGGUAAUGAACAUAUGCUAGAAAGUCUAAGAGAGCUGAUAAGCUUUCAAACAGUCUCUGCAUUGGCAGAUACUCAGCAUUCAAUCCAUGGUCGUCGCUGCGCGAGUUAUUUACAGCAAUUGCUACUUAAAUUCGGCGCUACCACUAGUGAACUUUUGUGCGGUAAAUCCGGCAGCAACCCAAUCGUAUACGCCGUUUUUCAUAGCAAAGCUGCUAACAAGAACAGAGUCUUGUGGUAUGCUCAUUAUGAUGUGGUUGCCGCCGGCGAUCCCGCAGCUUGGGAAAGCGACCCAUUUGCAUUAACUUGUGAAAAUGGCCACCUUAAAGGAAGAGGUGUGUCAGAUAACAAGGGACCGUUGCUUGCAGCAAUUUACAGUGUAGGAUGGCUACACUAUAGAAAUGAGCUCAACAACGACAUUGUAUUUUUGAUCGAAGGUCAAGAGGAGUCCGAUUCUAGCGGCUUCUCUGAGAUAUUGGGACAGCAUAUAGACAGAAUUGGCAGCAAAAUCGAUUGGGUUUUGUUCAGCAAUUCUAUUUGGCUUGAUCAAACUAUGCCCUGUCUCAAUUACGGGUUGAGAGGUGUCAUUAACGCUAAAAUUACAAUUACUAGUGAGCAACCAGACCGGCAUUCAGGCGUUGACGGUGGUAUGCAUCGCGAACCGACGUCCGAUUUAUUUCGAAUAAUAUCAAAGUUGCAAGAUGAUGAGGGAAAUGUACAGAUUCCCGGAUUUUACGACUCUUUGAAAGAACUUUCAGAAAGUGAAGCUAAUCACUUCAAAGAAAUAUUGGCCAGAGCCGCACUUGACGACAACAUCGGGAUGGAAAACUUGAUCACACGUUGGACCAAACCCUCAUUUUCCAUCACUACAAUGAAAGUAAGUGGGCCAGGUAAUGCUACUGUCAUACCCCAAAAAGCGUCUAUUUGCUUGUCCAUUCGUUUAGUGCCAGAACAAGAUUUGAACAUAAUUAAAUGUUCCUUGGAGUCGUAUUUGCUCGAAUGCUUCCAGAAACUCAAAACUACGAACAAAAUGGACGUCAAAAUACUCAACGAAGCUGAACCAUGGUUGGGGGACCCGCAUAAUCGUAUAUACCUAGUGCUCAGCGAAGAGAUUAAGGAAGCUUGGGGCAAAGAACCCCUUCUCGUUAGAGAAGGUGGGUCCAUCCCGCAAAUAAGGUAUCUCGAGAGAAUCUUCGACGCACCAGCAGCCCACAUCCCAUGUGGCCAAUCCACUGACAAUGCUCAUCUUGCUAACGAGCAAUUGAGGAUUAUCAACUGGUAUAAGACGAGAAGAAUUCUAACGAAUACGUUCAAUAAGCUGUAA